AGCAUGAAGAGUUUUUAUUUACAAGCUACUGAGACUACAUUGUGAAUAAUUCAUAAGAAGGAAGUCUCAGAGAAUACAGGAACAGCUUUAAAGAAGACAUAGGAGCUUCUCGGAGCUCGAGACGGGCAGGUGGUAGAGCUGCAUCUGGAUAAAGACCUGAAACGCAGACAAAUGGUGAAAAAGAAAUCAAAGGAGCCCAAGGGCCGAAAAAUCACGCCUAAGAUGGCCAAGAAUGCAGUGAAGCUGACGACUGAUGGCAAGCGGCGCUUAGACCUCAGCAACAUGGAGAUCACCACAUUCCCUAAGUGCAUCCUGAAACUCUGCGAUGUGGAUGAACUGGACCUGAGCCGCAACAUGCUGAAGAAGAUUCCGGACACGAUCAACAGAUUUGUCAACCUCCGUCUGCUGGACUUGCACAGCAACCAUCUGGAGCAGCUUCCAGAGACCAUUGGUCAUCUGCAGAAGCUUCAGAACCUCAACCUGUGCAACAACAGGCUAACCAGCUACGGGAUCCCACAUACAAUGGCCCUGCUUAGAAACCUGCAGAAGCUCAACCUGGGCAUGAAUCGCAUAGGGACGGUUCCGCUUUUCAUUGCAGGACUGAAAGAGCUAUGCGAGCUGGGGCUUUUUAACAACCUUUUGACUCAAAUCCCUGUGUGGCUCCAGAAUUUGCCCAACCUUAACAGGCUUAAUGUGAAGUGCAACCCACUACCUGUAGAAAAUCCACCAAAACUGGAUCCCAUUCGAAGGGUGGAGUGCCUCUACCUGGUCAGGAAGGAUUGCCUUUGUAGUGAAUGCCUUAGGAAGUGUAAAGAAGAAAGAGACAUGCUGGACCAAAGGCUUAGUGGAAACUCAGUACAGAGGAAAACCAUCAUUGCUCGGUUAAUUACAACUAAUUCCACAAAGCAGGGUGAUGAAGCAGUUUGUAGAUAAAGGCAAUAUCAGAAAUAGAACAAAAAUGUGCUCAAAUUUAUAUGAAAAACAGAAGCGCAUACGAAAUAUGUUACCGGAAUAAAUUACAGCACUGAUUGGUCAGGAGGGGAUUUCAUGAGAUUGUCAUUUGACUUAUUUAAAUGGAGUCUCCAUUUGACAGAUACAGUCAUUUUUAGUUAGGGGAAAAAUAUCCUGUAGAAAAUACGUAGUGUUCUGUGGCUUAGGGAAAUUUAUUUUCUUGCUAACUUUAUCUUUAAGAGCGACUGUUGCUCUCAAAAUUAAAACAGGAACUUAAAAGUUCAUGUUCUGAAAAAGUAAACGUGACUAUACAACAGCUAAGCUACUCCUAAUAUAAUUAAACACAAAAACAUCGAGGAUGCAAGGUUAGAUGGGGAAUAGGGGAAGUGGAAGCUCAGUGGUUAAGUCAUUGGACUCUGGAUUGGUCACAAGUUCAAAUCCCAGUACCACCACUGGGCACAUAAGCAGGGCCCUUAGCCUUCAACUGCUCAGUUGUAAGUCGCUCUGGAUAAGGAUGUCUGCCAAAUGGCAUAUAUGUAAUGUAAACGUAUAUGCAUGUAACAGGGUGUAAGGUGAUCAUGUGGCAUGUGACUGGCUGAUGGGAGACGUAGUGCUGUGAUUACAGGCCUGACAGUCAUCCAUCUUUAAAUGGCAAAUCCCAAAGUACUUAUCUAACACUGUGAAACAUUUCAACACUAUUUUUUUAGAUCACUCGUCAUUUUUGGCUUAUACAGCAUACACACACAGACACACACACUUAGUAAUGAUCACAUUAAUAUAUAUAUAGCUUGUGUUAAAAAAUGCCUCCAGUUAAAGGAUAAAACAUUAUAUGAGGUGCAGUUAUAGGAAAUAAUCAGUUGCAGGGGAGGAACAUUGGGCUGCAAACUCUGAUUGUGAGAUAAGAGAUUUUAAAACGAAAACGAAGAACAACAAAUGCCUUUAGUCACUUUACUAGGCCACGUGAAAGCUACACUGUGCAAAAUGUGUGUGUGUGUGUGUGUGUGUGUGUGUGUGUGUGUGUGUGUGUGUGUGAGUGAAUGUGCGUUUGUGUGUGCGUGUGUGUGUAUGAGGGGGGAGGUAGUGCUUUCACUUCUCUCUCCCUCUUUGCACAGCAGGUACAAAAGGCUCUUGCAUAAUGCCACACAUAAGCUGGCAUGCUAGAAAUGCCAGGCAGCAAUCCUGCAUUCAUUCACUAAUGAGUGAAGUGGCAUUUAUCUGCGCUUAGCUCUCAAUUCUUUUCCCUCUCAAGGAUCUCAAUGAAGCGCAAAUCGGUGCCAGUGCAAUUAUUUAUCUCCAAAUUUACAUAUUUUACAUAUAUGCCUUAAUGUCUUUGUUUAAUAUGCAAAAAUAUGACAGCGAUUAGAUACUGACUUGCAUAGAAAAAUCUGCAAUUGUUCUUGUCAUUAGUCCACCUUUGCUAUAUUAAACAGUUUCAUAUGCACUCAUCUGAUUGGCCAAUUAUGUUUCCCAUUGUGAUGCAUAAAAUCACGCAGAAACAGUGUCAAAUAGCAUUUAUAUAAAAAUCUGUCCAGUAUAAAUAAAUCUAUAUAUAAAAGGAUGGCUACUUUAGCCUUAGCUUCUUGUUCUUAGCAGACAGAAGUGGAUCAUCUGCUGUUGAUGCUCAUCCACAUGAAGGUUUGGUGUGUAGUGCAUUCUGGGAUGCCUUAUUUUUUACAUUUAUACAUUUGAAGGAGACUCUUACAACUAAGCAGUUGAGGGUUAAGGGACUUCUUCAACGACCCAACAGUGGCAGCUUAAUGGUGAUGGUGAUUUGACCUUCUGAUCUAGAGUCCAGUGCCAUAACCACUAACCUAUCACCACUAUUUUUACUCACUGUGGCUCUAAAGGGUGGCUAAGAGAGUUCGCCAUUGACUUCCUGUUUGGUUGUCUUUCUUUGCUUUCUUUUCAUCAGCUCAGAAUUUGAGAAUUGGAGACCACUGUGCAUGAAAAGCAGUAAAAACAAACCCAUCUGCUUGUCUGGCACCAACAUCCAUGCCAUCCAUGCCACUGCCACAGGCACUGAGCUCAUGUGUUCCUCAUUCUGAUGCUUGAUGAAGAAAUUAUCUGAAGAUCUUUUUCUGUAUCUGCGUUUUGUUUUGCACUGUGCUACUAUUGAUCAUUGAUUUGAUAAUUGCAUUAAAAAGCAAAAGUUCAUAUAAAUAGAGAGAUGAGUGGGUUUGUCAUUGUGUGUGUGUGUAUAUAUCAUAUAGUUGUAUCAUAUUGUCAUUAACAUUGUAAUAAUUGCAGAAUUUUUGAAAUCUACAUUAUUGUAUUGUAAGGUUAAUAAAGAGUAUUUGUUUCCAUUUUAUUAUAUUUAUUAUAAUAAAUAAAUAAAUAUAUAUUUAUUAUAUUUAUUUCACUUUUAUUAUAUUAUGAGUUGGAUGCUUCAGAUUUCUUUU